AAAGUGUUGGAAUCGUUUUAUUAUGAUUCAGUGCUCGGAUAUAUGCUUGUCAGUUGCCGGUACGUCAAUGUCUGUAAUAAGUAUUAUCUUUAAUUACAGUAAACGACGUAUCAAAUUAGGAUCAGUGAGAUCUCUCGGCGGCGAAUAAAAGAAGAAAAAGAAGCUGUCUUUAAUUGAAUCUAACCUAAUUUCCUCCUAUGUAAUAUAGCCUUAGCAGUACAAUACAGUAUUGUAGUUAUAAGAGUUAUAAUCUAAAAAAUAACAGAUUGUUGAUUCAGUUUACAGAGAUGCCAGACAUAAAAGUUACACCUCUGGGUGCUGGGCAAGAUGUUGGACGUAGUUGUAUUCUUGUCUCAAUGGGUGGUAAAAAUAUCAUGUUGGAUUGUGGGAUGCAUAUGGGAUUUAAUGAUGAGAGACGGUUUCCAGACUUUUCAUAUAUCUCAGAAGGAGCAGCAACUGAUCAUAUUGACUGUGUCAUUAUUUCUCACUUUCAUUUAGAUCAUUGUGGUGCUUUACCAUACUUCACAGAGAUGGUAGGCUAUACUGGACCAAUUUAUAUGACACAUCCAACCAAAGCUAUUGCGCCAAUUUUGCUCGAGGACAUGAGAAAAGUUGCAGUGGAACGCAAAGGCGAGAGCAAUUUCUUCACCUCACAAAUGAUAAAAGAUUGUAUAAAAAAAGUUAUUGCAGUCACACUCCACCAGUCUGUUAUGGUCGAUCCAGAUUUGGAAAUAAAAGCAUAUUAUGCGGGACAUGUGCUUGGAGCAGCUAUGUUUUGGGUCCGUGUUGGAUCACAAUCCAUUGUUUAUACCGGAGACUAUAAUAUGACACCAGAUCGACAUUUAGGUGCUGCAUGGAUAGACAAAUGCAGACCUGACUUGUUAAUAUCAGAGUCGACAUACGCGACUACAAUCAGAGACUCCAAAAGAUGUAGGGAGAGAGAUUUUCUCAAGAAAGUACAUGAAUGUAUCGACCGUGGUGGAAAAGUUUUGAUCCCCGUAUUCGCUCUCGGUCGUGCCCAAGAAUUGUGUAUACUUCUGGAAACGUACUGGGAAAGAAUGAAUCUAAAAGUACCAGUUUAUUUUGCUCUUGGUUUGACUGAGAAGGCCAACAAUUACUAUAAAAUGUUUAUUACCUGGACUAAUCAAAAGAUUAAGAAAACGUUUGUACAACGGAAUAUGUUUGACUUUAAGCACAUAAAGCCGUUUGAUAAAGCGUACAUCGAUAAUCCAGGUGCGAUGGUGGUGUUCGCUACACCGGGAAUGUUACACGCCGGCCUGUCCCUCCAGAUCUUUAAGAAAUGGGCACCCAAUGAAUCCAACAUGGUCAUUAUGCCAGGUUUCUGCGUGCAAGGCACUGUGGGACAUAAAGUCUUGAACGGCACGCGAAGAAUAGAAUUCGAAAAUCGGCAGAUCGUCGAGGUGAAGAUGGCUGUGGAGUAUAUGUCCUUUUCUGCUCACGCUGACGCAAAGGGAAUAAUGCAAUUGAUACAAUACUGUGAGCCGAAAAACAUUAUAUUGGUGCAUGGGGAAUUCGCUAAGAUGGAAUAUUUAAAGGAGAAGAUUAAGCAAGAAUUCGGUACUAACUGUUAUAAUCCCGCGAACGGCGAGACCUGCAUUAUCACGACUACAUCCAAGGUGCCUGUGGAUGCUUCUCUAGCACUGUUGAAAGCCGAGGCUAAAAGAUAUUCAGCUCUACCGCCAGACCCGAAGAGACGAAGACUGCUUCACAGUGUUUUAAUGUUGAGAGAAGACGGUGUAUGUCUUGUAGAUGCCGAUGAGGUUGCAAAAGCUGCUGGUAUCACAAAACACGUGGUACGAUUCACAUCUACUGUGCAAGUGAGAGAUCCUGGUCCAGCGCAUGCUACCACUUUAAAAUUAUUACAGCCGUUGAAAGAAAGACUGUCAGGUUGGACGGUCCAACUAACGGACGGCUCCAUAUCAGUUGAGUCUGUUUUGGUGAAGGUCGAAGGAGACGAAGAUGAUCAAAAAAGUGUCUACGUUUCGUGGACUAAUCAGGAUGAGGAUCUGGGUAGCUAUAUCCUUGGAUUUCUGCAAACAAUGCUGAAUUAGGAUUAGUAAUGCAAAGAAUCGACCGCGAAAAACACUUCUUUGACCUCUGAUACUGUACGAAUAAACGAACAAUUGUAAAUCUACUUUGCAUAGAGAUAUUGCAUCUGUAUAUAAGACAAAAAUAUAUUUUCGAGUAAAGCACUAUCGCAAAUACUACUGCAUGGAAAUACGAUGUUAUUUUCUAUAGUUCAAACGUUUGUAUAUACUCAACCAAGAUAAGACAGAAGAAAUAUAUAACUGUGAAAUAAAA